AUGAGUGUCAGCUCGAUGAAAAACGGGUUUCUGGUGGUGCCGUUCAGGCUGCCACCGCACGGGAAACUGGACUCGGAGGCCUUCCACUACAUGUUCAUUAAGAAGCAUGAAUCGAAGGUGGCCAGCGAGUUGAACUGCCUGUUCUUGGUCAAUAUACCAUUGCUGACGAGCGUUGAUUCUUUGAAGCGUGUUAUGGGAAGUAUAUGCUCGAAGUACGACACGGUGUCGCAUAUUGAGGAUUUACUGUACAACGACGAGUUUGGGCUUAACGAAGUGGAUUUGUCCGCGCUCACGUCUGACUUGCUGAGCACUGGGAACCUGGACGAAAAACGGUUCACGCCCAGGAACACGGCGCUGCUGAAGUUUGUCGACCAGUCUAGUGUCAACAACUGCUUCAACGCUUUGAAGAAGUAUUCCAACGUGAAGAAAGAACAAGAGAGGAUAAAUUGGGAAUACAACUCGCCCUCUGUGGACACAUUUCUAAACUUUUACAAACCAAUCAAUUUGGAGUACUUGAAGGAAGAAGUGUACUCCCACUUGGCGCUGUUUGAGGCUCGUGAACAAGAGGCACAGGAGAACGCGCAGACGUCCAUUGUCGACGAAGAUGGGUUUACACUAGUCGUUGGUAAGAACACAAAGAACUUGAACUCGAUCAGGAAGAAGAUUUUGAACAGCAAUCCUUUGUCCAAGCAUGAGAAUAAAAUCAGGGCCCUGACAAUGGUCGACAAGAAAGCAAAGCAAGAUUUCUACAGGUUCCAAGUAAGAGAAAGGAAGAAACAAGAAAUCAACCAAUUGCUGAACAAAUUCAAGGAUGAUCAGGAAAGGAUAAAGGUCAUGAAGGCGAAGAAGAAGUUCAACCCUUACAAAAACUCACUAUAA